AAUUGAAAUUAUAUGGUGUCGAACAAACCUUUUUAUAAAAGAAACAAGGGAAAAUCCAAAUAGCUGUGAAGAAGUUGUAGAGAGAGCUACUUUCAUGGAAGUACACGUAAUCCGAAUUUCCUCUGCAUUUCCAUUCGCUUCCAUAGCCAAACACAGCCUUAAUCCCUCCAAAUCCAACUUCGCCAUUUCUCUUUCUUCUCUCAAUUUUUCUGAUAGUCCCAAAUUUUCAUUCAAAGUGGAAUCCCAGAAGAGAAACGACGUCGUUUUUGACGACGCCGCAUACGAGGCCGAACGUCACAGACUCGACGCCGAGGCUCGAAAAUCCAUGGCUGAAACCUCUGAAAUGGAGACCCAAAACCAACAAGACCCGAAAGCUUGGAAAUGGGUUAUUAGAAAACGGGUUUGGGACUUGAUGGAAGCCAAAAAUAUAGCCCAAUUUCCAAGACCCGUUCACCAUCGGAUACCCAAUUUUGUUGGAGCUUCACUUGCUGCUGAUAAGUUGAGUGAACUGGAGGAGUUUAAAGUGGCCAAAUGUGUGAAGGUGAAUCCAGAUACACCACAANAUCUCACGAUUCCAUAUCGUGAUAUGGUAUCGCAUGGAGGGAAGCAGCUAUUGACACCACAGCCUCGUCUUAGGACAGGUUUUUUCUCUGUACUUGAAGAUAGUAUGUUAUCUGCUGGUACCAUUAAGGAGGCCUGCACUUCUGCUGGAGUUGCUAAGUAUGGAAGACCAAUUGGAUUGGAGGAGAAAAUAAAGGUGGACUUGAUUGUUCUUGGAUCAGUUGCUGUUAACCCAAUGACGGGUGCUAGACUCGGCAAGGGAGAGGGAUUUGCUGAACUUGAAUAUGGCAUGCUAAGAUACAUGGGGGCCAUAGAUGACUCAACACCAGUUGUCACAUCUGUGCAUGACGAGCAGCUGGUAGAUGACAUUCCUAUUGACAAACUAUUGAUCCAUGAUGUGCCGGUUGACAUAAUAUGCACUCCAACUCGGGUCAUAUUUACAAACACUUCCAUCCCAAAGCCUCAAGGGAUAUAUUGGGAGAAGCUCUCUCCUGAAAAGCUUAGUCAAAUUCGAAUACUCAGACAGCUGAAAAGUAAAAUUGAACAAGAGACUGGACAAAAGCUUCCAACUGGUCCUUCUGAGAAACUACCACCAACUGCCCAGCGCGGACACUGAUAUAUUUAGCUUCAAAUAUAUGAAGUUUGAGUAAAUUAUUAUGUUGCCUUGUGUAGUAAGCAUACAGCAAACUGUAAAGUCAUCUAGUAGCUAAUAUUGACAUACGUU